CGGCUGUGCCAAGCGAAUGGCGCGACUACGAAAUUAAAGUGUUAAUGAAGACCUAGACGAAGACUGUUGGAAUGUGAAGAAGUUUGGAAGAGGACUGCCACGGAAUUGUUGCUGCAACUGCUGAGGAAGACAACGAGCGGCUGGGUCGACUUGGGCAUCAACUGGCAACAUCCGAAGCCAGACUGCCUAAACUAGUGGAAUACCACUUUGAAGUCCAAUUUGCAUCAGUGGUCAAGUGCAGCGUCAAGUGGUGCCACGACACUCCUGGUCCUUUAUAGCUGGCCAACUGUUUGGAAUGUUGCAAAGUGGAAUGCCAAUCAACCUAUAAGAAAAACAUUUUCGGAUUUCGGAUCUUUUGAAAAUUGAGGUGUCUUUUCAAGGACCCCCGGACUGUUUUCCCCGUCUUUUUUGCGUCUGCGCAUUUUGAAAUCGUGCACACGCUGUUUGUGUUACUGUAAAGAAACAAUUUAUUGUUUUGCAUCCGACCAUGGAGGAUCCAGCCCGAAUCAUGCAGGCUCUUGGCGGUGUCACUCUGUCUGGUCAUUCGGUGCAAGGAGGUAUGGCUUUGCCGCCUUCGCAUGGACUCGAGGGGGCGGAUGGAGAUGGAAGAAAACAAGACAUCGGGGACAUUCUGCAGCAAAUCAUGACCAUUACUGACCAAAGCUUGGAUGAAGCACAGGCGAAGAAACAUUCCCUGAAUUGUCAUCGGAUGAAACCAGCGCUGUUCAGUGUCCUGUGCGAGAUCAAAGAGAAAACAGGCCUCAGUAUCCGUGGUGCGCAGGAGGACGACCCUCCGGACCCGCAGCUGAUGCGGCUGGACAACAUGCUGCUGGCCGAGGGCGUGUCGGGGCCGGAGAAGGGGAGCGCCUCGGCUGCCGCCGCUGCCGCCGCGGCUGCCGUUGGUGGAGGAGUGGACAACUCUGUGGAACACUCGGACUACCGCGACAAGCUCACCCAGAUCAGACAGAUCUACCACACCGAGCUGGAGAAGUACGAACAGGCAUGUAACGAGUUUACCACCCACGUGAUGAACCUGCUGCGGGAGCAGUCUCGCACGCGGCCCAUCUCGCCCAAGGAGAUCGAGCGCAUGGUGGGCAUCAUCCACCGCAAGUUCAGCUCCAUCCAGAUGCAGCUCAAGCAGAGCACCUGCGAGGCCGUCAUGAUCCUGCGCUCACGCUUCCUCGACGCCAGGAGAAAAAGGCGGAACUUUAGCAAGCAGGCCACAGAGAUCCUAAACGAGUACUUCUACUCGCACCUGUCCAACCCCUACCCCAGCGAAGAGGCCAAGGAGGAGCUGGCCAAGAAGUGCCAGAUCACCGUCUCUCAGGUGUCAAACUGGUUUGGCAACAAGCGGAUCCGCUACAAGAAAAACAUCGGGAAGUUCCAGGAGGAGGCCAACCUGUACGCGGCCAAGACGGCAGUGACUGCGGCCCACGCUGCUGCCGCCGCCAUCCAGAGCAGCCAGGCCGACUCCCCCACCACACCCAACUCCGGAUUCCAGAUGAAAGAUGAGGACUUUCAGAUGGAUGCUACAGAGAGCAAAAACUCACUAUUACCCAACAUGUUCACUGGUUCCUCUGGCUCUUUUAACCUCCCCAACUCUGGGGACAUGUUUAUGAGCAUGCAGGGCCUCAAUGGGGCCUCCUACCCAGGGACUCAGGUGGGAGCAGGUGUGCCGUCUCAGGGGGAUACCAUACGUCAUGCUAUCAGCCAGGCGGUCGGGUACAAUGACGGCCUGAGAGGACAUCUCUACAGCCCGCACGGCCUCAAUGGUAAUGGAGGAUGGCACGAUGCCCCGACCCCUUCCUCCGUAACCUCGCCCACAGAGGGGGCGGGCAGCGUGCACUCGGACACCUCAAACUGACCUACCCUCUCCACAACACCACCCUCACCCCCCGCCACCAACCCCCUUGCCACCCGACACCAACCUCUCUUCUCCUCCUCCUCCUACUCCUCUUCAUCCUACCAGUGGGCUGCCAGCUCCCUCCAGGCCCCGCCGGCCUGGCCAGAGCUGGUGUCCUGAUUGGCUGCAUUCCUAGACACUACUACCUACCUGCCUGCUCUGCCAUAGAUGCUGGCGGCCAUUUUGGAUCCCCUGCUGCUGUGAUGUGACUGUUCUUGGCAGAG